AGAUUAUUUUCGCGCAAAGGGAUGUGUAUAAGAGCAGCUGCAGCCACUUGCAAUCCCUGUCGUUCGCUUCAUAGUCCUCAACACAUCACUUCAUUCCUCGGUCCCCUUCACUCCUCAAAGCUUACUUCAGAUCCGUUCGCUUCCGAUCAGCAGCAAUGUUCAUCAUCAAAACAACAACCGCCGCCGCCGUGCUUUCAUGCACCGUCGCGCUAAUUGGAAAAUCAGCUUUAGCGCUUCCUGUCGACGUGGCCGCUCUCGAUCCUCACGAUCCGUCCUGGGCGCAACCCCUCACUGAACAACUGAAUGCCUUGCGUGAAAAGCUGGAUGUGCACGGCGCAUCCGUCGCAGUCGUUCAUGAAGGUCGUACCUGGCUGCGAGCACUUGGGCACAAGGACAUUGCAAAGACCCAACCGGUUACCAUUGACACAUCGUUCUUGAUGGGAUCUGUAACUAAGUCUUUCACCGCGCUAGGUGCUGCACGCGCUGUUGCCAAAGGGCAGAUGCAUUGGGACACCCCUUUGCAGGAGUACGUUCAUGAAUUCUGGCCCAACUACCCCGGCUUUUGGGAUCCGGACACUGAUAGAAAUGUAACUCUCGCGGACCUCCUUUCCCAUCGAACGGGCGUAGCUGGCAACAUCCCCGUCCUCCUCGCAUGGAACACAACCGAGUCAUUUCUGCAACAUCAAAAGAAUAUCCCGCCAUCCGCACCCCUCCGUACACGCUUCCAGUACAGCAACGCAAUGUUUGGUCUUGCGGGCUAUCUUACGGCGAAAGCGACAGGCCACGCCGAUUGGGCAGCGCAGAUACGCCAGGAUAUUUUCGUCCCGCUCCAUUUGAGCGCCACCAGGGCAACGAUGGCGGAAUUCAUGGAGAUGCCUGAUCGCAGCCUCGGGCAGUCCACCGACACCGACCGCAUCGAAGAUGUCGUGUUGCAAGUAGAAUCAGCGGGCGCCAUCUCCACAUCCGUCAGAGACUUUGCAAAGUAUGCACGCGCCUUGCUGCAGACCUUCCGAGGGGAUGCCGAUCCGCUUGCUAUUGGCUCGAAGGUUUUCCAACCGUUCCGCGACCCCCAAAUGCGCUUUGACACAAAGCUUGAAGAACUGUAUCACUCGGAGUUGUUGCAUGGUCACAAUACGUCGGACUUGAGCUAUACGUUCGGACUGUUCAAGGGCCAGUGGCGCAACUACACGUUCUACUUGCACGGCGGCAACAACCUGGGCUACGCCUCUAAUCUCUGUCUUCUCCCGGAAGCCAACCUCGCAGUGGCCGUGCUGUCGAGCGCGGACAAUACGCGCAACUGUUUCCGCGAAGAGGCAUGCGCAACCGCAUUCGACGCCGUCCUCGGAACAGCGGAACUUGGCGAGCCCAAGCACGAUUGCCCUGCAGUGCCCGCAAGUCGACCAUUCCCCCAACCUGGCCCACUCCCUCUCCCCACUUCCGCUUAUACGGGCGAGUUUCAGUCACGCAUCAUGGGCAAAAUGCUCGUCGGUGUAGACGCGCAAGGAAAUCUGACCAUGGCGGUCGGCGAACGGCGCAAGUUCAUGACAGGCACUUUAUAUGCGCCAGCCGGCGGUCCAACGACAUCAAUGAGCCUUAUCGGAAAAGGCGCGCCUGCUCUCCCUCCGUUCAUGUUCACCGCCAAAGUCGACGCCAACUCGACUGCCGUCCAGGGAUACUACUUUGUGCUGGAUGGGAAUAUGGUUAAAAUCUGUGAUGAACCGGGGCCGGGGUGUCAGGACUUUUUCAAGCGUGUGGAUGCCGCCUGAGCGGCUCUGUGCUCGGCAAGGUGGUUCCCGACGUUUGUCAACUUUGCACUCUU